AGCAGCCGUGGGCGGGCAGCGAGCUGCGAGCGCGUCGCACGGUCUCCGGCGGUCCGCGGUCUGAACGCCCGCGACCGCAGUCACCCUGCAGCUCCCGCGCUCGCCGCAUUGCUUUUUGCUGUUUGUUCCGAUCUUGAUCCGACUGGCGAGUCAUGCCUACUGACGAUUCCGAGCGCGGUUUGGCCGCGUGGUUACGACGCUGGUGGCGGCCGCUGGUCGCAGAGGUGGUGGCCACAGCGCUACUCGUGCUGCUUGGUAUCGCAGCGUUACUUCCUGUGGAUGGCAAGCACCCACCACUCACACACCCAGCGUUCGCUUUUGGCAUCGUCGUGUUAGCUAACGUGGAAGCAUUUGGACCUACUUCCGGCGCGCACAUGAACCCCUCCGUGACUCUAGCUGCUCUACUUGAUGGACGAAUAGGACCGGUUGCGGCAGCCGCAUACGUCAUUGCCCAGAUCUUCGGCGCUACGCUCGGUUUCGGUGCACUCAUGGCGAUAGCUCCAGAUGCCUUCAAUUCGGAAGUAAACGUGGGCGGCAACGCUCCGGGUAGUGUAGGAGUCAUCGCCGCCGCUGGUGUCGAGGCGCUGCUAACGGGUGUACUGGCCUUACUGUGCUGCGCCAUUUGGCGCGCUCACGAUGAAGGCAAGCAAGACCCCACCGUCUCUAUAAAGUUCGGCCUCACAAUAGCAGGACUCGUCUAUGCAGGAGGAGUGAUGUCAAGCGCAAGUCUCAACCCAGCACGCAGCUUUGGGCCUGCGCUUUUACUGGGUUUCCGUUCUGAUCACUGGGUGUACUGGGUGGGCCCAUUGGGCGGCUCGGCGCUGGGAACCCUCCUGCACCGCUAUGUGCUGCGGCCGAGUCGCGCCGCUCCACCGCUUGCGGAAGACUUGCCGCUACACGACAAGACCGAACAUUAGCCACACAAUAUAGUACAUCUUCACACCACACGCCGAUGCUGACAGUACUAUGAGUAAGGCAGUUUACAUGACUGCAAGUGAUUGUGCCGCCGUGAAAAUGACUUUAUAAUAUUGACAAGACAAAAAAAUUUAAUAUUGCCAAAAACUUUUUGAAGUGAUUCUCGUGAACUCUUUCGAUUUUGAAACGUAAUAAAAUGGCAGCCGCCGAUAAACAUUAGAUAAUAACUAUGUUUUGUGCAAUUAACUACAAAAUAAAUAAUUGUACUGAGUUACAAAAAAAGAACAUU